AUGUAUAGCAGAAGCGACUGGGGAGGUCCGAUAGAACCGUUUAUCCUUACUACGUUCCCGAAUCAGACCGUCGAAGGCGAUGACGACCCUAUCGUUAGUUUGGUUAUAUUUGAAUGGAAAGACGAAGAUUUGAUCGGCAUCUCCACGAACCCUGAUGAUGAUACGUCCCCGAAAGUGUUAAUCUGCGAUGAAGAGAGUGUUAAGGCAGGCCUUUGCAAUGACAUAGGUACAUGGAUUUUAUCGCCUAAUGCGACUGAGAAAUCCGAGAACUUGAUUUUAACUAAAGCUAUACACUUGAACUCUUCGGCUCCGAUCCACUAUGAAAUUAAGAAGACGGGUUACUAUUGUAUUGCCGCCUAUGGAUUUGGAAAUACGAAGGAGUUCAUGGGCGUCGCAGAGUUCCGAGAGGCCUAUGGCGAACUUCCUGCGACCCAGAUCCCCAAACUUCCCUUCUACGGUGGAAUCACUAUCCUCUAUGCGGUAGUCGUAGUAUUUUGGGGUUUCCUAUACUAUCAGCACAGAUACGAUAUCUUGCCCGUUCAAAAUUAUAUCACUGCUAUUCUCGUCUUCCUAGUCGUUGAAAUGUUGAUGACUUGGGGUUUCUAUGAUUACCUGAAUAGAAACGGCUCUAAUGUUGGAGCUAAGGUUCUCCUAAUUGUGGUGGCCGUCUUGAAUGCUUUCCGCAACUCAUUCUCUUUCUUUUUACUACUCAUCGUAUGUAUGGGUUACGGAGUCGUGAAGCCUUCCCUGGGCAAGACGAUGGUACAUGUCCGGUGGUUGGCCAUUGCCCAUUUCAUUUUUGGCUUAGUCUACGCCGUUACCAGUCUUCUGGUGUCGCCGGAUACGGCUGGGCCUCUCGUUCUCCUCAUCGUACUCCCGUUGGCGGGUACUUUGACUGGCUUCUAUGUGUGGACGCUCAGUUCGCUCAACGCUACCCUUAAGGAUCUACGCGAACGCAAACAGACCGUGAAAGAAGCCAUGUACAAGAAGCUCUGGUGGUGUAUCCUAAUCAGUAUUCUUGUUAUCUUCGGCUUCUUCUUUUUCAACUCCUUCUCAUUUGCCUCGGCCUCCGACCCGGAUUACGUCCCUUUCCACUGGAAAUCGCGGUGGUUCAUUCUUGACGGUUGGCUCAACUUGGUCUACUUCGCCGAUGUAGCCUGGGUUGCGUAUGUGUGGAGGCCUACGGCGAAUAACAGAAGAUUCGCUAUGAGUGACGAGAUUGCUCAGGAUGAGGAUGGAGGGUUUGAAUUCGCCGAUGUAGGCGCUCCGGAUGAUUCAGAUGAAGACGAGGAAGCCCACAUUGGCACCAAGAUUACAAACGCACGUCCGACGCCGGCAGCAAACGUCACUUCUAUGACGUCGCAGCCCACGCAAAAUAAAGCCCCUGCCAAAGCGGAGACGCCGCGGGAUUCUUUCGACGGUGAGACGAUAUUUGCCGUUGGGGAGGACGGUGACAAGUUUAGUGAUGACGAUGAAGAUGAUGACGAUGACGACGAUGAAGAUGAAACGGAUCGUGGUGAAGGUUCAAAUCUAGUCAAAGGAAGGAAAUAG